UGUCACAACAGACCGUCCAAUGAAAGCACACGCGUGCGUGAUCUUGAAGCGCGAGGAAGAAGUGUCCGUGUCUGCGAGUGAGGACCGUAGCGAGUCACUCAUGCGAUUGUCAGCCCGAACUAACCGGACACAUGGCGGCAGAGACGUUCAGAUCGUUAAGGUUGUGUCGGCGUCAUAUGUCUCUGUUACGACGGCAUCCUCGGCUCAUAGGUUUCCAAGUACUCGACCAGAAGUUCUUCUCCUCACACAGAGUUGUAAAGAGUCACAGGCUCUUUAGGAAGUUGUUGGUUGGUGUUUCGGUGGGUGUGCCGCUGGUGGUCGGGGUGCGAUAUGCACUCUCAGAGCCCAGAGAGAGGAGGAAGAUGAAGAUACUGGCUGAGGGAGUCGGACGCUUCUGCAGAUCACUCUACGUCGGGCUUAUGAUAUCAGCAGAUUACUGGUGGACGUCCAAUGUUGCUCUGCGAGGCAUGGAUGAGAGCAGUCCAGAGUACGAGCAGCUCAUGUCAGCGUGUCACCAGAGAGCAGCCGAUAGCAUGGUGGACGGGGCCAUACAGAACGGAGGCCUGUAUAUCAAGCUGGGACAGGGCCUGUGUGCAUUCAACCAUCUACUACCUCCAGAGUACAUCCGCACCCUGCACGUGCUGGAGGAUAAAGCACUCAACAGAAGAUACAAAGAGGUAGACGCUUUAUUCCAGGAGGACUUUAACACUACCCCAGAUAAACUCUUCAGGACGUUUGACCAUGAGCCUGUGGCUGCUGCGAGUUUGGCCCAAGUACACAAGGCCGAGUUGCAUGAUGGGACACCUGUGGCUGUAAAGGUGCAGUAUAUUGAUCUCAGGGAUCGAUUUGAUGGUGAUAUCAGGACUCUAGAGAUUUUGCUGGACGUAGUGAAGUUUAUGCACCCCAGCUUUGGUUUCCGCUGGGUCUUACAGGACUUGAAAGGAACGCUGGCCCAGGAGCUGGAUUUUGAGAAUGAAGGCAGGAAUUCUGAACGGUGUGCUGAAGAGCUAAAGCAUUUUAAGUUUGUAGUUGUACCCAAAGUAUUCUGGGACCUGACCAGCAAGAGGGUCCUUACAGCAGAAUUCUGUGACGGAUGUAAAAUCAACAAUGUGCAGGAGAUUCAGCGUCAGGGACUGAGUCUGAAAGACACAGCUGAUAAACUCAUCCGCAUAUUUGCAGAGCAGAUCUUUUACACCGGUUUUAUUCACGCUGACCCGCAUCCUGGAAAUGUGCUGGUGAGAAGAGGUCCAGAUAAUAAAGCUGAGCUGGUUCUGCUGGAUCAUGGGCUGUAUGAACACCUCAGUAAAAGUGACAGAACGGCUCUGUGUCAGCUGUGGAGAUCCAUAAUCCUGCGCGACGAAGCCGGCAUGAAGACGUAUGCAAAUCAGCUCGGGGUCAAAGAAUACUUCCUGUUCAGCGAGAUGCUGCUGCAGCGGCCGAUCAACAUGUGGGAUCUGGGUUUGGGUAACAUCCUGACGCGAGAGGAGACGUCAUACAUGCGUGACAUGGCCGUGAACCGCUUCGAUAAGAUCAUGCAGGUGCUGAAGUCGAUGCCGCGGCCCAUGCUGCUGGUCUUCAGGAACAUCAACACCGUCCGCUGCAUCAACAUCACUCUGGGAGCUCCGGUCGACCGCUACUUCAUCAUGGCCAAGAGUGCUGUGAGGGGAUGGGGCAGAACUCAGGCCAGCGACACCAGGAUGCUGUCCAGACUGUCCGUCUUCCGUUGGGUCUGGUCCUUCUGGGAGUCCAUCAAAUUUGAAUUCGCUUUAAGGUCAGAGAUGGCGCUCAUGAGCGUCACUCGCUCUCUCCUCAAGCUGCUGUCUUACUGCAAUCUCAUCACUCUGGACCAGGACAUGUAUCAGUACCUGAAAUGAAGGCCCUCAUACCUCAUCGUCGUCUGUCCUCUGAGCCUGUGGUUUCCUCUUGUGGCUUUGCACUCAGUGCUGAUCGUUCUUUUAACGACUCGCUCGUUUGAGCCUGAGCUUCCAGGAACCUCUCACACAACCUCUCUCUCCCUGUCCCUGUUACUUUUCUCUGAAAUAAGCGUUGGUGAGCUGCAUUUCACAGGAAGCUGAGCACUUUUUAAUUUAGCUUUUAUCAGUGAUGAUACUCCAGCAUUUAAAAGACUUGUUUCAUUCAAGAAGCUGAGCUACAUUCAGUUACAGUUUGUUCUGUAGGCCUCAGUUUGAAACACUAUGAUUCACGAUGACCAUGGUGGCAAUAAUCUUAAAAAAAAAAAAUCAGUUAGAACAAUAAUAAUUAUGCUAAAGACAUUUUACCUCAUGGGGUUUAGCAAUUUCAGUGAAUAAUAGCAAUGACAGAAACCUCUUUACUAAAUAUAUUUAAAAAUUGUGCCAUUUUAUUUUGUAUUUAAGUGGAUUUUGGCGAUACACAGUUGAAAAUUAAAGGUUUUACCUGUCAAACAUUUAUAUACUUAAUAUGGUCAGAAUUGGAUGUAUAAUCUACAAUGCCAUGUAUUUUGAAUAUAUAUCAUUUAUAUAUCAGUUUUAUUUGUUCUGAGUCCAAACUGAUGUGCUCAUGACUUUAAGAAAUGCUUAAAGUCAGCAAAAAAUAAAUUCACCUGAUAUAUUUUGUAAAUGCAUCUUACUGAGAACAAUUCCUCUCUGUAUUAUUUCUUUUUUUCCCUUUUGACCUCAUGUUUAAUCUGUCCAAGCUUGAUCUUCUGGUGCAAUAUCGGACUUUCUUCUGUUGACAUAUGCAGGGUUCCUCCUUUUUAGGAUUUCUAUAAUUGACGUUGAGCUCAUAUUCAUAUUAUAUUUAUUACUCCAUCCCAAAAU